UGUAGUCUUCUUGAGUCCACCGUCCUCUGGACAGACGUCUUGGCUGGGCGACUGGGUGCUUCGCGACUGGGCGAGUACUUCGUCUUAUUUCUCGCUGCGUAUCCUUGGCGCAGUGGACAGAGAAGUCCAUUCACAUCGUUCAGAUUUUUCUUUGCUCUUUCUCCCAUCCGCGUUCAUGAUUUUCCCGUCUCACUUUCGCUCGCGGAGUUGAAGCCAAAGGAGAAAAUGGGGCACCGUUUGAUAGCGACCGUCCUGUUUCUCCCGUGUCUCGUCGGUAAAUCUUUUGCGGGAUUUCCAAAUCAAAUUAACAUAGGUGGACUGUUCAUGCGCUCUACUGUUCAGGAGCAUAGCGCGUUUCGCUUCGCUGUCCAGCUCUACAACACCAAUCAAAAUGUAACGGAAAAGCCGUUCCACUUAAACUACAACGUGGAUAAUCUUGAAUCCUCCAACAGUUUCUCGGUCACUCAUGCAUUCUGCUCGCAGUUCUCGCGGGGCGUUUACGCCAUCUUCGGCUUCUACGACAGGAAGUCUAUGAACACGCUGACGUCGUUCUGCGGGGCCCUGCACACCUCCUUCAUCACGCCCAGCUUCCCCACCGACGCCGACGUCCAGUUCGUCAUCCAGAUGAGGCCGGCGCUCCGAGGGGUGGUCCUCAGCCUGCUGGCGCACUACAAGUGGGAGAAGUUCGUCUACCUGUACGACACAGACAGAGGGUUCUCCAUUCUGCAGGCCAUCAUGGAGUCUGCGGUGGCCAAUAACUGGCAGGUUACGGCACGGUCGGUGGGAAGCAUCACAGAUCCGUUGGAAUUCCGGCGCAUCAUGGAAGAGAUGGACCGUCGGCAAGAGAAGCGGUUCCUGGUCGACUGUGAAGUGGGCCGUAUAAACGCCAUCUUGGAACAGGCAGCCAUAUCAGGAAAGAAUGGCAGAGGGUUUCAUUACAUAUUGGCUAAUCUGGGCUUCGCCAACAUGUCCCUGGACAAGGUCUUCGCUGGUGGAGCCAACAUCACAGGAUUUCAGAUCAUCAACCCAGAGAAUCCCAUCGUGCAGCAGUUCCUCCAGCGCUGGGACCGUCUGGAUGAGAGAGAAUUCCCCGAAGCCAAAAAUACACCUCUGAAGUACACAUCUGCACUGACUCACGAUGCCAUUCUGGUGAUUGCCGAGGCGUUCCGCUACCUCCGGAGACAGCGCGUGGACAUCUCUAGGCGUGGCAGCGCGGGGGACUGCCUGGCGAACCCUGCUGUGCCCUGGAGUCAAGGCAUUGACAUAGAGCGAGCGCUCAAAAUGGUUCAGGUUCAAGGUAUGACAGGCAACAUCCAGUUCGACAGCUUUGGCCGCAGGUCAAACUUCACCAUUGAUGUUUAUGAGAUGAAGCCGGGUGGAGCGAGGAAGAUGGGGUACUGGAAUGAAUAUGAGAAAUUUGUUUUUAUAACGGACCAGCAGGUUACCAACGAGUCAACUUCUGUGGAAAACCGAACAAUUGUGGUCACUACUAUUAUGGAAGCUCCCUAUGUGAUGUACAAGAAAAACUAUAAUCAGCUGGAGGGGAAUGAGCGCUAUGAGGGCUACUGUGUGGACCUAGCCUCAGAGAUCGCAAAACAUGUCGGAAUUAGAUACAAACUGUCCAUUGUUGCCGAUGGAAAGUAUGGGGCCAGAGACCCUGAAACCAAGACCUGGAACGGGAUGGUGGGUGAACUGGUGUAUGGGAGAGCUGAUAUUGCUGUGGCCCCUCUCACUAUAACUCUGGUCAGAGAGGAGGUCAUUGACUUCUCCAAGCCCUUUAUGAGUUUGGGCAUCUCCAUCAUGAUCAAGAAGCCCCAGAAAUCCAAGCCGGGGGUCUUCUCCUUCCUGGACCCGCUGGCCUAUGAGAUCUGGAUGUGCAUCGUGUUCGCCUACAUCGGCGUGAGCGUGGUGCUCUUCCUGGUGAGCCGCUUCAGCCCCUACGAGUGGCACCUGGACGACAACGAUGAGGCCAAAGACCCACAGUCUCCGCCCGACCCGCCCAAUGACUUUGGCAUUUUUAACAGCCUGUGGUUCUCUCUGGGUGCCUUCAUGCAGCAGGGAUGCGAUAUCUCGCCAAGAUCUCUCUCAGGCCGUAUUGUUGGGGGUGUGUGGUGGUUCUUCACCCUCAUCAUCAUCUCGUCCUACACUGCCAACCUGGCAGCCUUCCUCACCGUGGAGAGGAUGGUCUCCCCCAUUGAGAGUGCCGAGGACCUGGCCAAGCAGACAGAGAUUGCCUAUGGUACACUAGACUCUGGCUCCACUAAAGAGUUCUUUAGGCGCUCCAAAAUAGGCGUGUAUGAGAAAAUGUGGUCAUACAUGAAAUCGGCUGAGCCCUCAGUGUUCGCCAAGACCACGCCCGACGGAGUGGCCCGCGUGCGCAAGUCGAAGGGCAAAUUCGCCUUUCUGCUGGAGUCCACCAUGAAUGAGUACAUCGAGCAACGGAAGCCCUGUGACACCCUGAAAGUCGGCGGGAACCUGGACUCCAAAGGAUACGGCGUGGCCACGCCCAAAGGCUCGGCAUUAAGAAAUGCUGUUAACCUGGCAGUACUUAAACUGAACGAGCAGGGCCUGUUGGACAAAUUGAAAAACAAAUGGUGGUACGACAAGGGAGAGUGCGGCAGCGGGGGCGGGGACUCCAAGGACAAGACCAGUGCUCUGAGUCUGAGUAAUGUGGCUGGAGUCUUCUACAUCCUGGUCGGGGGACUGGGAUUGGCUAUGACUGUGGCCCUGGUGGAGUUUUGUUACAAGUCCCACCAGGAGACCAAAAGACUCAAACUAGCCAAAAAUGCUCAAAACUUCAAACCGGCUCCUCCAGCAAACACACAGAACUUUGCUACAUACAGAGAGGGUUACAACGUGUAUGGGACAGAGAGCGUCAAAAUCUGAUGGUGACUGCAAAAGAAAUAGACCUGGUCUGUCUUGACCCAACCCCCCAUCCCCAUGGUCAAUAGAUGCCAGCAGAGUCUGAAGUUGCCUAACCUGAUGUGAUAAAUCAGAUCGUACUGACCAAGAUGCAACUCAACUUGAAUCAUGGGACUUGAAGUCUCUCAGUGCCUUACAGCGCCUCCAGCGUCAGAGCAAUGCGAACUGUCACCCGACAGGAACCCCAACAAGAACAAAAAAUGAGAAUGAGAGACAAGAUCCUAGAUUUAUUGAACAUUCACCUGUUAACAUCUCAACAUUUUUGGACAUUUUUGAAGAUUAAAAAGCCGCCAUCACGAGGACUUCCUUCUUAUUCUUGGACACAUAAGAAUGAGUCCUCUCAACGUUUGGAGCUUCACUUUAAAUCAUCAUAAUCUCUUUUCAGCCAUAUUUUAAUCAAAAAAAUAUUUAAUGAAGUUAUAUUGUGUUGCUUCAUUUAACACUGCUGUCAUCUUGAUCAUUUAAUAUAAAUAUAUGUGGAACAUUAUAGUUUAUUUUAUUAAGACUGAGCUUUUCUAGAGUAAGAAACAUAGAGAAACACAUAGAAGUAUUGUUACCCCGGUUAUGUUUUGCAGACUAUAUGUUAUCUCCCUCAUACUGAUAAUACAUUUGAUUCAUUGCUUAAUGUUUAAUCAGAUCAUAAUGGAAUAGCAGACUGCAGAACUAAAUCUAAUGCCAUCAAUACAUUUUAAUACUUUGGUGCCAUACUAUCAUUUAGGCAUAUGGUUAAAAUGUGCAGUUUAUAAAAAGACUGUAUCAAUGACAUGAUUUUUUUCUUGUCAAUGAAAGGAAUGAAUUGAAACUGAUGAGAAUUAGCUGAAGCUAACAGAUACAGUACAAUGAUUUGUCCUAUUUAUUCUUAAGAGGAGAGCAUAGGGUUUUUUUAAGCAAGUACGUAUGCAUUUUAAACUGACCUAUGAGUGCACUCAUUUUAGUUUGAUUUUUCUCCUUUUGAGUAACAAAAAUACAACUUAAAAUCACAGACUCAGUCCUUAAUUACUUUGUGACUUUUUAUUUUUUAAGGAAAAAAGAGCUAUAAUUCUGUGGAAUACAAAAUGUACAAAGAGAAGACAACAAUGACGAAAUGUAAAGACAAAUACACUAUAGUUUUGUAAAUGACGGAGCUGUUAAUGUAUGUGUAUAUUCUUUAGCUGAUUUUCUAGUGAAGGCUUUUUCCUCUGUCAAUGCAUGUGAAAACUGGUGAGUGCUUCACCAGAACUGCUACUGAUCUGCAGACCCUAAGACGUUAUCUGAACUUACUGAUCUUCAGUCUUCAUCCACUUGGUCUUUCUUUAGCUCUUCUGCAUCACUCACGCCUCAGCAUAGUGAUUUACAGGCCUGCAUGUGUGGAGUAAGAAAGCCUCGCUAUGAGACGUUUAGUACAUUUUGUAAAUAAAAUGACUUUAAGACAA